AAAGUAACGCUUUCUUCACUUCUUCUUUUUUCUUUGUUUGUUGUGGACCCCGUUGUCGCCGGUGAUGAGCAUGAUCAUUACCGGCCGUCUGAAACGAAUGCCUCCGGUGAUCCAUCUCAAGAAGCCAUGACCGCCGCUGCCGCCAAAGAUCUGGUGACCGGAAAGUUGCCCGGCCAGACUGCGGCCGUUGGCUUCAAACACUAUGCUGGGUAUGUGACGGUGAAUAAGACCAAUGGAAGAGCUCUGUUUUACUGGUUUUUUGAAUCUCUUACUUUGCCUCGAGAAAAGCCUCUACUUCUCUGGCUUAAUGGAGGUCCGGGAUGCUCGUCGGUAGGGUAUGGAGAAUCACAAGAGAUUGGGCCUUUCCUUAUUGGCGGCGGCGAUGGACCUCUCUUGACAAUCAAUCCAUUCUCUUGGAAUACAGAGGCGAACAUAUUAUUCCUGGAAUCUCCAUUUGGCGUAGGCUUCUCUUAUUCAAACACUACCACUGACUUUGUCAAUCUUGGGGAUGAAUUAGCAGCAAAUGAUGCAUACACUUUCCUGAACAAUUGGUUUCUCAAGUUCCCAUCUUAUAGAAACCGAUCUUUUUAUAUUGCCGGGGAGAGCUACGCUGGGCAAUACAUACCAGUGUUGGCUGACCUAAUUCUUGAGAAAAACAAGAAACCAUCUUCUUCGAAUCUCUCCACCAACAUUAAUCUUAAAGGAGUAAUGAUAGGGAACCCGGAAACAUCGGAUGCGGAAGACUGGAGGGGGAUGGUGGAUUAUGCAUGGAGCCAUGCAAUAAUCUCAGAUGAAACCCAUAAAAUAAUCACAGACAACUGCAAUAAUUUUAGUACCAGCGACGUGUGGAACAACAAAAACUGUAGCGAUGGUGUAGAUGAAAUGUUGAAACAGUACGAUGAGAUUGACAUAUAUAGCCUCUAUACCCCCAAAUGCCUAAACAACCUCACAUCAUCAUCAUUAUCACCAUCAUUAUCAUCAUCACCAUCAUCAUCUUCCCAUAAGAUUGGAAGAAGAAGAGGACGAGGACUACUAGGUUUGGUUGGGGCCGGGUAUGACCCGUGUUUGGAUGAUUACACUGUUUCUUACUUCAGAAGGGGAGACGUGCAAAAGGUUCUACACGCCAAUGAUGGUCUCCACGUCAAGGACUGGAAUAUCUGCAAUGACUCAAUUUUCAAUGCGUGGGCAUACUCAAACGAAUCAGUUCUCCCAAUAUAUCGGAAACUCAUUGCUGCAGGACAGAAAAUAUUGCUCUACAGUGGGGACACGGAUGGAAGAGUGCCAGUUUUAUCAACCAGAUAUAGCAUUGCUGCUAUGGGUCUUCCCAUCACCAAACCAUGGGCACCCUGGUUCUACCAAAAACAGGUGAGUGGAUGGGUGCAAGAGUAUAAAGGGCUAACGUUUGCAACGGUGAGAGGAGCAGGGCAUGACGUCCCCACCUUCAAACCCGCCGAGUCUUUAGCCUUAUUUUCCUCUUUCAUUUCUGGUCUCCCUCUCCCUUCCCGCCGUGGCCCUUAAUUACAUUAUUAAUUAAGGGUCUGUUUGGGA